AUGAUUCGGGAGACCGGCGGCACAUAUUCCAACGUGGCGACCAUCGACGCAGACAUCACCUCCAAGGGUCAAGCUGGGGGUCUCGCCACGCUUGAUGGCACCAGCAAGGUGACGGCGGCGCAGCUUCCCGAUCCGACAGCUUCCCUGCAGGGAGCGAUGAUCGAGGCCACCAGCGCCCGCCAGAUGGUAAUCGGGAGGGGCGCCGCGUCUCAAAUCUUCGGAGAUGGAGUUACCUACAGCUCGGCCCGGAGCGGGAGCAGCGACGUGAGGAGGGGAGGCCGUCAGGAGUCCAGUUGGUUGUCGUUGUCGCGCUCGUCGUCGGACGUACCAGAGGAGCGUGCAUCGAAGCAAGACUUUUCUUCGGCCGGCCUUCCGUGUUUCCACAAUCACAGGCAGUGCUCGACGAGCAGGCACGGCUAG